UGUGCUCCCCUGCGUUGCUUUCUCGGAGUCCCAUCAUUUAUGCGCCCAUGCGAUGCUGGCCCUCUGCUGCGCGGGCGAGCAGCAGUCGCGAAUGCCUGUACAUUCCAUGCGAUGAUGAGGAUGACUCCGAGUUCAGCGAAGGAGAGCCGACGAAGUAUGCCACUGGCCGCGAAGCGGAAGAUUGCAAUCAUGAGGUUUUAGCCGACGCCAAAGUUUGCGUCGAGGAGGACAUGUACGAUGCAGUUACCGUGGCGGCCUUCGGCGGGGUGGUCCUUGAGCUUCCCAAAGGCAGCAUACGAGUUCAUCCCAUUUGGCUGGUCUGUUUGUGCAUCCCGCUGUACGCGGCUCAGCAGGCAUCGCUGCUUUACCUGCGGCUGGGCCAGGAUUUGGACAGCCCCGUGCACGGGCAGGGAGUGGAUGCGGAGCUCAUAAUCAUCCUGCCGUUCGCAAAGGUGCUUAUGAUUUAUGUGUUGGCACUGAUGCUGUUCCCAGAACUCUUGGGAGCGCUCCGGCUGAUGAUGUUCCUUGCCAACCCGACCACCUGGACAGACAUCAAAAGAGUCAAUCCUGCACAUCAUGAGCGCUUGGCCUUCAUGUGGUACAGCGGUGUUUUACUGCCUUUGGCCUUCCUGGCCGAGACGCUUAAGUUCACCGUCGGCUACAUAGUUCUAGUGGACUCUGUGAGUGUCGUCCUGGUGUGCGACACGGUGCAGGAUACUCUGUUCAACAGCUUGGCACUGACCUUCCUUGCUGACCUGGACAACAAGCUGUGGGAGAUCGCAAAGAGCGUCUUCCACCUCAAGUACUCCGAGCCGGUGGGGUUCCAGCUAAAGCCAGUCAAGGAGAGGAGGGAGGCUGCGGAGCAGGCCUGCAUCUCCAUUUCAGAAGACUCCUGGCUGCACCGACACCAAGGAGCAGCAGCCAUCGAAGCAUCGAUCACGUCGAUCAUUUUCAUGGGCUGCUACUGCCGGCAGUUUCUGGUGACCCAGUACUCAUUGCAGACAGACACGCUUCCAGUAGCUAGAGAUAUGUGCACUUUGUGGGAGCUUACAGAGUCGGAUUCAUGGUACGCCAUGUUGGGUCGCACUGUGCUCAGAUCUGUGAGCAUGUAUGUGCACCCAAAUGGGAUGCUGAACCGUGUGUGCAAUCCAGAUCUGGGUGGCUAUUGCAGCCCUCUCUAUCGCCGCAUACAGCUGUCGGACAUGAUGGACUUGAUAUCCAAGCAUCCUACAACCACCGUUGCCAACAUGGUGACCUUUGGCCUGAUUCUGCUGAUCCCCCAGUUCCUUCAGAUGUCCGUGGCCUUGAAUGCCUGUGGCGGCGGAAACUUGGGCAGCUGCUUCAGGCUGGAGUACGAUCAUGAGGAGGACGAGCCUUUCGCAAAGCAAAGAGAGGUGGAGGAACUCAGAGAAGAAGUGCGGCUUCUGAAAGAGCAGCUGAAGAAGUCUUCGAAUGUGCACUUUUCUUCUGCAAGCCCUACCCCCAAUGGAAUUCGCAAUGUACACGUCAACAUGACGUGACAAGGACUUGAAACCAUCAUAAGAUUCUUG